AUGUUCGCCCAACCUUUCGACCAUUCGUUCAAUGACGAUAUUUUCCAGUACGUCAAUAUGGACCCUACAAAUGCCGACGGCAACAAAGACGUUUCAUUUCAUGGAGACUUUGAUCAAAUAUUCGCGCUCGACUCAUUGUCUAGCGAUUGUGGCGACCUGUCACCCACCAUCUCCGCCUCCAAGCGGGCCCAGCAGUCACCGCAACCCUGGGGUAGAGACCUUUGGUCUGUUCCGCAAGACGUCAGUUCUUCUACAGGCCAAGCACCCCUUGCUUUUCAAGACACCAUCCACCCCGCGGCCGUUGCGGAUCUUAACGUCAACCUUGAAGCUUCUUCUCCAAACCCCCCGGCAAAAACUCGCUCGCCGUCUACUCCCCCGGCCACUCCUCAACGCAAAGCCAAAAGCGCCUUAGUCACUCCCAAAUCAACCGGCCAUCGUCGUGACACCCAUGAACGCCGCGGCCUUUUGCGCAAACAGAGCUUCUCCCCCAGUAUAGUCCGCUCCUCUCAACUCCAAAAAGGCAGAAUGGCGUACCCGGAAGCUUGGGCUCAGCGCUUUCAGAACUUCAGCUUGGGUAGUACGGAUGAUCGUUUGCCUUUGUCCCCACCGCCCUCCGAUAUUCUGGUGCAGCACGAGAAUAUGUGCGCCGACCACACUGCCCAAAUGACACACCAUGGGGACUCCUCUGAGAUGGCCAACCCUUUCGACUCGGCCAUAUUCAACGAGUCCCCCGCUAUCUCGAUGCCAUCUCCAUCUGCCGGGGCGCUAGCACGACAGCAACAACGGUAUUUGAGUCAGUCGAACAACUCCGCCAUGGCCACCUCCAGUCCCCCCUCAGCGGACGACAUUUUUUCUUCUCCACAUUCCUCGGACCCUCAGUCCAUGUCCUCGUGGCAUUCCGAUUCCCUUGCUACCUCUGGACUUCCAUUCACACCCGAUCUGCAAAGCCACGAUGCGCAAGCGUGGUGGUCUCCCAUGAACUCACGGGUUGCCCAGCGACAUUCCUACCCACAGAUGGUCGCGUCCCCGACCCCUCAGAGACCGAUCCAGACCCCCAACAACCAGCACGACAUGCUGCAGGGCGGUCUGAUGAUUCAGUUGGAUCCUUCAUCAUUUGACAUGCCGGGUGCUGCAAACGCGUCAUUUGCCGCACCGCAGAUGCCAUCCGUUCCUAAUGCCCAGGGAACUCAAUCAUACACACAUGCUCCCACGACACCACAGAAAUUUGUGGAUCCCUCCUACGCACCUCAAAUGCAUAAUUCGUCCUCGCGGUCUCCAUCGCUGUCCCCGACGGCAACCGGAUCGCCCAAGGGCAUGCGCAACAUGAAGACCCCUCCGCGCGGUCGUUACCAACAAAGAAAGAUGUCAUCCCAACCUAUGAGCGCUCCCAGGCCGGCCAAAAGUUCGGGCGGAAGCCCUAGGGGAGCCGGUAAAUCGGUGACGGUAUCAUUUGUGAACUUCACCCCUCACGACAAAAAUAAGAUCCUCACGGGAGUUGCUCCCAGCGGAAGCUCAAAAACGAAAGCCCGACGGGAGCAAGAAGCCCGUGAUAGACGACGCAAGAUGGGCGAGGCCGCUUUGAACGCGGUCCGGAAAGCAGGCGGCGACGUCGAGGCUUUAGAGGCAGUUUUCUGCUGA